GGUCUUGGCAGGGCCGGCAGGAACCAGCUCUGAUACCAAGGAGCUACAGCCUGUAGAGAUAAACAGGGCUUCCCGGGAGAAAAGAAGGAUUUGAAAAGUUACCCGCCACGAUGUCGGACAGAAGCCCCUUCGAAACGGACAUGCUCACCCUCACUCGCUACGUUAUGGAAAAGGGGCGUCAGGCCAAAGGGACCGGGGAGCUCACACAGCUACUGAACUCCAUGCUGACGGCCAUCAAAGCCAUAUCCUCGGCUGUGCGCAAGGCUGGCCUGGCCCACCUGUACGGAAUUGCGGGAAGCGUGAACGUGACCGGGGAUGAGGUGAAGAAACUGGACGUGUUAUCCAAUUCCCUGGUGAUCAACAUGCUCCAGUCCUCCUACAGCACCUGCGUCCUGGUUUCGGAGGAGAACAAAGACGCGAUUGUCACCAGCAAGGAGAAGAGGGGGAAGUAUAUAGUCUGCUUUGACCCACUGGAUGGAUCUUCUAACAUCGACUGCCUGGCCUCCAUUGGAACCAUCUUUGCUAUCUAUAGAAAGACCUCAGAGGACGAGCCUUCUGAAAAAGAUGCUCUGCAGCCAGGCCGAAAUAUCGUGGCUGCAGGCUAUGCCCUCUAUGGUAGUGCAACCCUCGUGGCUCUUUCCACUGGGCAAGGCGUGGACCUCUUCAUGCUCGACCCAGCUCUCGGUGAAUUUGUCCUCGUGGAAAAAGAUGUCAAGAUAAAACAGAAAGGAAAGAUUUACAGUCUCAAUGAGGGCUAUGCCAAAUAUUUUGAUGCUGCCACCUCAGAAUAUGUGCAGAGAAAGAAAUUUCCUGAGGAUGGCAGUGCUCCCUAUGGGGCCAGGUAUGUGGGCUCUAUGGUAGCCGAUGUGCACCGCACCCUGGUCUAUGGAGGGAUCUUCCUGUACCCGGCGAACCAGAAAAGUCCUAAGGGCAAGCUUCGGCUCCUGUACGAGUGCAAUCCUGUGGCCUAUAUCAUAGAGCAGGCUGGAGGCCUGGCGACCACGGGCACCCAGCCCGUGCUGGACGUGAAGCCGGAGUCCAUUCACCAACGAGUCCCCCUUGUUCUGGGGUCCCCGGAUGAUGUAAAGGAAUACCUCACCUGUGUACAGAAAAGCCAGGCAGGCAGGUAGUGGGUUUCACCCUGAAUGCUGCCUUUUCUUUGUCUUGUCCCUUCUAUUAAGGGCCCUAAAGGAACGAUUAUUGUAAACAGUGGUGAUGAGUAACCAAAGGCAAAGCUCCCCUGAAUCCCCCAAAGAAGAGCCGCAGUGACAUGCUCCGCACAGCUCUAGAAGCCAGAGGCAAUUUUGUGCUCAGUGGGAAGGGCUCAAAAUAAAAACCCACAUGGGAAAAGAA